UGCAUCUCACAGGAGCCAAGGACUGAACAGAAGGAGGAGGGAGCAUCAUAAGUCCUAGAUAGGGACUACCUUGAAAUAACAAACGUUGACAGUCCUUCAUCCUUGGGCACCAUGAGUAGAUUCGACGAAGAGCCUGGGGUUACAGAUCUUGUUUUACUUGUGGAAGGGAGAAAAAUUUAUGUGACGAAAGCUAUCCUCAUGCACGUUUCUCCUGUUUUUAAAACAAUGUUUACAUCAGACUUUAGAGAAAAGGACCAACAGGAGCUCCUACUUCCUGGGAAGAAAUAUGACAACUUUGUCUUGUUUUUGACACAAAUUUAUCCUGGGGAACGACCUCCUCUAACAGGGGAUGUCCUAAGAAAGAUUUUACCGUACGUAGAUGAAUAUCAAGUGGAUUACCUGAAGAAAGAUUGUCAAAACAUACUUGUGCAGGGUUUAGAAGUUUCUAAAGGAAUGAGAUAUUUACUAGAAAACCUGUACAUAGCCACAACCUAUGGAUUUCAAGAACUCUACCAGAAGGCUUUACACCUUUUGAGAAUUUUUCCUCUGGACCCUUGUAGACAGUCCAACAUCUUUCAACGUUUGCCUUCAGAGACAAAGCUGGAUUUGGCCUUUGCGAGAUGUCGCCAUUUGGAAAAGAAAAAAGAGAGUUACAAGAAAAAAUUAGCAAAGAAGUCAUGAUUCAUAAAAAUGUAUGUUUCACCUAAAUAGGACAUCAUCCAUAAUCUAAUUCAUUGGGGUUAUGUGUAAAUAUUUAUGUCUGUGUAAAAUGGAUUAAUUUUGUUAUUGUGAUGAUGUACGUAAUCUGGAUCUGAGUUUAGUAAUAUUAAUUU